AUGAAUGCUCCUCCCAAUUUUGACAUACAUCAGUUUAGAAAAUUAGGGAAAUUAGGUGCAAGUAUAGGAGCAAUAAUAGGUGUAACUUCAUUUGGUAGUUGGUUUUUUAAAAAUAGUUUAUAUAAUGUAGAGGCAGGGAAGAGAGCCAUAAAAUAUAAUAGAAUAUUUGGCUUGUCAAAUAAAAUAUAUGGUGAAGGUACGCACUUUUUAAUACCAUUUUUUGAGAGAUCUAUAAUAUAUGAUGUAAGAACAAAACCUAGAGUAUUAAUGUCAUUAACAGGUUCAAGAGAUUUACAAAUGGUAAACAUAACAUGUCGUGUAUUAUCAAGACCAAAUGAAAAGAAAUUAGUAGAAAUAUAUAGAACCUUAGGAAAGGAAUAUGAUGAAAAAGUAUUACCAUCAAUUAUUAAUGAAGUUUUAAAAAGUGUUGUAGCACAAUAUAAUGCUUCUCAAUUAAUUACUCAAAGAGAAGUUGUAAGUAAAUCAGUACGUGAACAAUUAGUACAAAGAGCAAAAGAUUUUAAUAUACUUCUUGAUGAUGCAUCUAUUACUCAUUUAAGCUUUAGUAAUGAAUACGAAAAAGCUGUUGAAGCUAAGCAAGUUGCACAACAAGAAGCAGAAAGAAGUAAAUAUGUUGUUCUUAAAGCAGAACAAGAAAAAAAAUCUACAAUUAUUAAAGCACAAGGAGAAGCUGAAGUAGCCAAAUUAAUAGGUCUUGCUGUUAAAGACAAUCCUGCAUUUAUGGAAUUAAAAAAAAUUGAAUUAUCAAGAGAAGUUUCAAAUAUUAUAUCAAAAUGUCAAAAUAAGGUUAUGCUACCUACGGAUUCGUUGUUAAUAAAUUUUACAAAAUAA